AUGGUAAUGAACAAUUUAUAUAAAUCUUUAUUCCAUGUUCGAUAUACGUGCAGACUUUACUCUCAAACCGCUUCGUUUCAAAUCCAACAAUUACACAGCAGAGCGCUGAUAAGAUUGACCGGAGAUGACAUUUAUACGUUUUUGCAAGGUCUCAUUACCAACGAUAUCAAUACCUUGAAUUCCGAUGGACAUUCUGUAUUCACCAUGUUUCUAAAUAACAGAGGACGUGUACUGUACGAUUCCCUAAUUUAUAGAAAAACAGAACGAGAACUCAUUUUAGAAUGCGACUCGACCAUUCGAGAUAAUUUAGUGAAACAUUUGAAAAUGUACCGGGUGCGAAAGAAAGUCGACAUAACUCCCGUUAAUGAAGGUGUUUGGGCUGUUUUCAAAGAUCACGAUUCGAUCAAUGAUCCUCUCAGCAGUACUUCCAAAAACGUGAAUAAUUUCACAGUAUCCCAUACUCCAAGUUCGAAACGUGACCUGUAUGAAAGCUUACUUGAGAAAACUUUGCAAUGUGAUCAAAUCGCCGCGUUUAUUGAUCCUAGAAUUUAUAUUUUGGGAUUGAGAAUAUACAGUUCAAAUUCUUCAAAUGUGAUUAGUACUUUGGCCGACCAAGGCGUCAACGUUAUCGUUUCGAAAGAUUAUAUCAAAUUAAGAUACAAAUUCGGGGUAGCCGAAGGUGUGAUAGAAUUACCUCCUGCCAACUGUUUUCCUUUGGAGGCUAGUUGCGAAUAUUUAAAUGGUGUUAGCUUCCACAAGGGAUGUUACCUUGGACAAGAACUCACCGCCAGAAUUCAUUAUACCGGUGUGGUACGCAAAAGACUGAUGCCAUUAAUUUUGUCUUCUGUUCCAGAAUGCGAAUUGAUACAAGAUUCUAUUGUUGAGACUGAAGACGGGAAAAAAGUCGGAAAAUUACGCGGGAUAUCUGACAAUUACGCUUUAGCUUUACUUAGAAUCACCGAAAGUUUACAAAAUGCAGCAAAAUUGAAAAUUUCCAACGUGCCGGCUCUUACCUAUAAACCUUACUGGUGGCCGCAGGAACAAUCUGUGGAAAAAGAUUCGUCUACUGGAUCUUCGUAAAACCUCAUGUUGAGCCAGAUCGAUUUGCCUAGGCGAAAUGGCGUUUUAUUUUUGCCGAAUUUCUUAGUUGUUAAUUUGAAAACAUUCACUUGAUGGACGCUGCUAACCACAUUGCCAAAGACAUAUUUCAAUGUUCAUUAUGUUCGUUGAAAGAACCUUACCAUUAUUUUGGUAAAAAACCUCAGUUCAAUACAAAAAUUAAAUUCAAAG